AUGUAUAGAGGAAAUAAAAUUAGGGUUGGGACUCUAAAUAUUUUCAAUAAAUUUUGUUACAAUAAUACUAAAAAUGUAUUGAGUAAUUCAUUUGAAUAUGCUAACAAUAGUAAUCGUCGAAAUUUACUUUAUGACUAUUUACUCAACAACUCACUUGAUAUAGUAUGCUUACAAGAAGUGGACUCAUUUAUGAUAAAUAAAAUUAAUACCAAAUUUCAAAAUUUAGGUUUUGCCUUUGAUUUCCCAUCAAAUUAUAUUACACCAUCAGCUAGCAGUAACAACUGUUGUAUUAUUUAUAAAAAAGAUUUCAAAUUGUUAAGUAAAAAAAAUUUCGAUCUUAAUGAAUCAGUACAAAAACAUUUUGCAAAAUAUUCGUCAGAAAGCCAGUGUGAAAUACAAGAUGCGUUCUUAAUAGAAUUAAAAAAGAGACAAAGUCUUGCUACUAUGAUUAUACUCGAAUUAUCAACUAGCAAUACAUUUAUAGGAAUAUGCAAUUGUCAUAUACAUUGGAAUCCUUCUUAUCCUGAUAUCAAAUUGUUUCAUACCUAUUUAAUUAUAAAAGAAUUUUAUAAAUUUAUUGAAAAUAAUUUCCCUGAUUUUCCACUUAUUCCGUUACUAUUAAUUGGAGAUUUUAAUUCUACACCAUUUUUGCAAUCAGACAAAAAUUUGAAAGACACUUCUACACUUAGUGGUGUAUACGAAUUGAUAACCACAGGGAAAUUGCUAAAGAGUCAUGAACACCAUCCAGCUGUGCUACGAAAAAAUACAACAUUGGAAAUAUAUCAUGAUUUAAUUGUAGACCCAUUUAAAAGCAUUUUCAAUGAUGUAAAUGGAAAGGAGCCUCUUUUUACAAACAAAACUAAGUUAUUUAGUGGAUGCAUUGAUUAUAUUUUUUAUAAAGGGCUCGUUCCUUUAUCUGCCCAAAUUAUCCCAAAUGAUAUAGAGAAUAUAGAAAGUUUACCAACACAAACAUAUCCAUCAGACCAUGCUCUACUAAUAGCAGACAUAUUUGUUGUUUGA